UUCCCUGUACAGUGUAGUAUCUUGCGUUUAAUGUUUAAUGACAUUGUGUCUUGUCUGUUUGCACAGACAAGUCUCAGAAGGCGUGUGGAAGACCCCCGAAGACCUUUCCAGUCAAUCCCAGAAGAGAUCAGACGACCUGAGCCGCAGCUCUGACCUGGACAUCCUGAACAGUCCUCCUCUCAGCCUCAGUGACCUGAGCACCAGCGCCGGUCUGGCCAACUGGGUGCCCCUGUCCUCCUCUGCCAGCGAAGCCGACACCUCCGGUCCUGAGCAGGACGUCCAGUCCUCCAUGACCUUCAGAAACCGAGUCCUGGAUGAGCUGCCCAGUCGGCGCCCUGCAGACAAAGCCGUGUCUGCUGAAGUCAGACUGGCGGCCGAGCGGGACUGGGAGGAGAAACGUGCCAGUUUGACCCAGUUCAGCGCCCAGGACAUCAAUCGCCUGCUGGAAGAAACCCAGGCGGAGCUGAUGAAGGCCAUCCCAGACUUGGACUUUGCUGCCAAGCACAUAAACAAACCGGCAGUGCCCCCCAAACCUCAGAUUACCCUCCCAAUAAGCUCCACCAUAGCUACUUCUUCAGCUGCUGGGAGCACUGGGACCACAGCCACCUCUACGUCCAGUGGGGAGCAGCAGCCUGGCAAGGUGCAGCUCGCUGCUCAGAAGCUCAACAGCAUGGAGGGUGGCGGCUCACAUCGAGGGUCUGUGGACCUCAGUGUAGCCAGAUACAAAACGGAAAAACCGUCCAAGUCUCCUCCGCCACCUCCCCCUCGCCGAAGCUUCCCGUCGGCUCACGGCCUCACCACGAACCGGACCGGAGAGGUGAUCGUCACCAGCAAGAACCAGAAGAUCGAAGAAGAUGGCGACUUGCCAAAAACUCUGGUGAAGCUAAGAAGGACCCCCUCAGACACACCCCGGCCAGCCUCCACUCCACCUGUGAUCGCCGCCUCGGCCAUUCAGGACGAAGAUGAUGAAGAGAAGAUUUUCGCUGAGCUAGAGAUAUUUCAGAGAACACCUGUAAAAGAUUCCCCCAGUAGUAAACAGAGCAGCAGCCAACCAAAGGCCCCCCCUCCAUGCGUCUUUGGGUCGUUGGGCAGAAAGAAUAGCAGUAACUCGCCAGGACCAACGAAAGGUCCCACCGUCGCAGCCCGACUCAAACACCUUCAACAGGGCAGCCUGGAGAGACCAAAAACCCGCAAGCAGAAAGAGGAUUUCCCCAAAGUCCAGGGCCAGCAGCAGUCCUGAGCUUCUGCUGCUCACUGAUCCGGCCGAUCAUCAUCAUUUCUGCCGACGUUUCCCUUCACUGCUUUUUCUGACAUCCUUUUUUAGUCCGUCAGCCAGCCUCUUUUUUGUUUCUUUUUCUUCUCCUCUUCGUCACUUGCUUUGCCUUUUGUCAUCCUGUCUGCUUCUCAGGUCUCUCAGGUCUCAUCUGGACUAAUUACGUGAGGACUGAGUACUCGGAUCAUUCCACUUUUGGACCUCUAAAUCCUAAUUCACACCUCGAAGGUGACUGUUGGUUAAAAUGUCACAGUUUGGAGGCAAACAGGAGCUCCUGUUGUCUGCUGAGAAAUUAAUGUGACUAUGCCGAUUCAUGUGUAAAAUUUGGAAAGUGACUGCAGCAGUUCUGGACCUGCAACAAGCAGUUUAACACAUCUAAUGUGUAAAUCCAUCUACCACCAUAACUAACAACCUAACACCAGAUCUAUGUCCCAGUUUUACGCUUAAUUGAGGAUUGGCGGAUUCUCCGUAUCUGUAAUAAUUUUUUUUUGUUUUAUUCAGUGAAUUCUGCAGCAAAUGCACAAGUAAAAGCUGCAUGAGAUGUAAACAAAGGGUGCUGCAGUAGUGUUUCACUUCAUAUUACAGGUGGAUUUCAGUAAAUACGAAUAUCAUUGAAAAGUACUCUCAUUUCAGUCAUUCACUUCAAGAAAUCAAUAGAAAUAAACUUGAAACAUAAAACUGAUUUACAAAUUUCUGUUUGAGAUUAAUGUUUUGAAUUAAAUGACUAAAAAGUAACUUUUUCUCGAUCUUCUAAUUUACUGAAAUGUACCUGCAUUUUGCCAGAUCUUGCAUUAUUAACAUAUGAAAGUAUUAACUGGACUUGUCAAACAUAAAAGUAUUUAAAUUUAUCUAUUGCUUCAUCUCUGACAGCUUCAUAAAGCUGCUUUAAAACGGUCCAGUCCAGCAUUGUUGAAUAACAACCACAAUGGGUUGAACUUGCUUGAAUUUCAUUUUCUGGCAGCUUCACUUAAGCGGGUGUUUUAAUAUAAAUGAAUAGACAGGUGACAUUAAUGAGUAAAUUCUACCUCUCAGAACAUCUACGUCCAAGUUUAGUUCAGAGUAAAACUGGAUAACCAUUUAGAAACCGAACUGAAUUCAGAGCUAGUUCACUUUCUCUGCUGUCUUCAGUCUUAUUUAGGUUUGGUCCUCUUGAGCAUGUUUUGGUCAAGUAAAAUGCAUUUUAUUAUGGCCAAAAUUAAAACCUCUCAGAUUUUUCUGUAGAUUUACACUACUUCUACUUUACUGCUUAGGCCACUUCAAUCAUCCCCUGAUUAUAAUUUAUUCAAUUCGGUUUAAUGCUGUUGAAAAGUAUUUGCAUCUUUGACUGUUUCUUCGCUUUUUGUCACACACAAAUGUUUCAGAUAAUGGAACUAAAUUUAAUAUGACAGACGAUCAGAUUUUAAUUUUUUUAUUUAAUAAACUGUUUAUUAGCAAUUUUUCAUCGAUAAGGUUCAAACCAACCUGGCCCAAUGUAAUAGGAUAUUUGCCACCUAAACCUGAUAGGUGAUCCAGUCACACUUAGUGGCAACAAUGAUAACCGCCAGUGAGAAUUGUGGUGCACUUUUUUUUUUUUUUUCCACGAUUGAUUUAAUUGCACUACAUUGGAGGGUUUGCAAGCAUUUAAGUUUUUGAGAAAGCAUUUUUAUUGGAUUUAAAUUUUGCCUUAAAUCAAAGAUUUGAUGUGAGAUGGACCAUUUGUGGUAUUUAUUGGCUAGGAUAGCUGGUCUCCUUUGAAAUUUCCCACAAAUGCCAUUUUUUUUCUUAUUGUUCAGUCACGAACACUGACCUUACCUGAGGCAAGUAAGAGUUUCAGAUGUUGUUCUGGGUUGUUUCGUGAUGUACUUGAGUCAGUGCUCACCGACCACUCUUAGGGAAAGUUCUCCCCAUUGCUAUUCUUUCUCCACUCGUAGAUGAUGGCUCCAGUCCAAAAACAGCUUUAGAAAUGGAAAUAUGCAGCCUUGUCCAAACUGAUAGAUGUCAGAUUUUGUUACUCAUCUUUUCAAGGCUGUUUUUUUUUUAAGAUCUUUAAGCCUACUUGCUGUCAGAUGGGUUCUAAGCAUUUCUGUCCUGGUCUGGUAGUGAUCAGGCCUGGGCGUGGCUGGUGAAAUUGAAUGAAAAAUGUGAGCAAUCCCAGUGAAUUUACAGUUCAGCAAAAUAAGGAAUUAUAAUUUCACACAGGUUAGUGUAGACAGCGUUUUUCUCUUUAACAAGUGAUAUAAUUAAGCUUCUUUGUAAUUAGACUAUAUCUGUCUGAUUAAAAAAAAAUAAAA